AUGGUAACAAAUAAAGAGGAGGAAUUAAGGCGAAGGUUUGCAGAACUCCAACAAUGCAAACAGCAAUUGGAUUUUGAAAGGCAACAAUUUGCCAAUGAGGCUAAACUUCAUACAGAACAAUUUAAUAUGGAAGUUCAGCGACAAAAGGAGGAGUUCAAAGCUGAAUAUGCAAAUCUUUUGCAGCAAAAAGAGGAAUUAAAUAACGGCUUUUUAGAGCUUAAGCGACAGAAAGACUUGCAGGCGCAAAUCCUUAAAAAUCAAGAAUCAGAGUUAAAACGCCGCCAUGAUGACCUUCAGCAUCAGAUUGAUGAAUUUAAUAAGACGCGAGACACAGCAUUGCCUGAACAGCGAACAAUAGUUUCUCUUAAGACACAAGUAUCGUGUAUUAAAGAGCAGCCUUUGAUAAGCGAAAACAAAUGUGAUAAAAUUAAUGAUACGGUUCAAGUUAUUGCACAAGUUGAGGCGAUUACAAGUAAUGAAGUCACUUCACUUCACAAUCCAUCUGAAGAUCGAGAAAAUAUUGCAUCAAAAGCACGACCUAGGAAUAUUACAUCGAUAUCAAGUAUAAUUCCUCAAAAACGAUUACAGCAGAGUUCGCAAGGAUCCAAUGUAUGGGAUGUGGACGAUGAUGAUUUGCCAUCGCCAUUUAUAAAGCAAAGAAAGAAAAUAGGAGUGGAUCGAUCUUCGAAAAGACUCGGACUGGACG